AUGAAGCAAAAUAUUGGACGGGGCGAAUUUUCUCAGUUCCCCAAUUUGUCACAGACAAGCGGCCAGGAAGACGACGUUUCAACUUACGUUCAACAUUUAAAUGUCCUCUAUUCAGAUUUUGAAUCUAGGUUUGAGGAUAUUUUGACUAUGGAACUGACUGAACUAAGUACAAACGAAGAACUUAAGGUUCAGUUUAAAAACGGAUAUCAGCAAUUCUGGCUGCAAAAGAACAUACCCGUUACUUAUCCCGUAUUAUGGAAUAUAGCGAGGAAAUUUUUAAUUUCCUUUCCAUCGUCAUACCUAGUGGAAAGGGGGUUCAGCGCUGUUACCAAUCUCCUAACGAAAAAAAGAAACAAGCUGGACAUCAUUAGCCGAGGAGAUUUAAGAUUAACCCUUACAAAAUUGACGCCAAAUGUUGAUAAUUUAUUAUUAAAGCAUCAGGUUCUGAAUGGCAGAAUUCCUAGAAAUUUGAUUACGAGACAUUAA